GAUAAACUCUAUUCUUUCUCUUUCUCUUUCUCUCUCUUCCCAAGUUCACAGCCAUGGCGAUGACCGUCGAAGGCUUGCUGGACUUGCGUUUAUGUUCUCUGCCAGCAUCUUGUUACAAAUACUGGCAUGUGCUCUUUACAAUAAUUGGUGGCCUUUGUUAUCAGCUCUAAUGUAUAUUCUGGUUCCUAUGCCAUGCUUGUUCUUUGGAGAUGGGUCCACACGUUUCCUAACUAGCCGGGAUGGUGGAGGCUGGAUAAACGCGGCAAAAUUCUUGACUGGUGCAUCAGCUGUGGGGAGUAUUGCCAUUCCUGCUAUUCUGAGGCAUGCUCACCUAAUAGAGACCGGAGCCAUGCUCAUAGAAUUCACAUCCUUUUUCAUUCUAGUCUGUACCGUCUUGUGUUUCCACAGAGUCAGCCUCGACGAAGAUUGGUAGUCAGUGUCCAUUUGCAACUAAAACUAGAGGAAUCAGAGAAUAACAAAAGUCCAUGUACCAUGUGCAGCAGUGGAUGGAGCAAUUCCAUGUUGUUGACCAAACUAGAUAUUAAUCACUUCCAACAGAUACCUUCAAUGAAAUUUCUGUUGAUCUAUCA